CAGUUGAAAGUGUUUAUUAAGUGUGAAUAGUCAUUUCGGGAAUAAUUUCGUUUGAAAUCAAUUGCAGAAGAAUUCGUAAUAUUUGGUUUGGCUUCUCGUAGCUUGGUGAUUAAAAUGAAUUGGAAGAAAAUCGAAUUAAUACUGCUGAUAAUAUCUGGUUUUGCGGUCUACUUUGCCGAAUGUGGAUUAAUCAACAGCGAUCGAAGUUCGUUUCGACAGAUGGCGCCCGAACGACUUCAGAAGAGACCAUUCUGCAACGCAUUCACAGGUUGCGGACGAAAGAGAUCAUCCAAUCAGGACAUCGAACAUGAACUUCCCUCAUCGAAUGGAAUGGAAGACUCGUUGGGCGAUCUGCUGGAUUUGAAUUCGGAGCCAGCAGUGGAGGAUCUGAUGCGUCAAAUAAUGUCCCAAGCAAAAAUGUGGGAGGCUAUACAAGAGGCGAAUCGUGAGAUGAAGAACGAACGAAAUUUUCAAAAUCGGCCAAAAUUUCCAUCCAUUGCGUUCAAUUCACAAAAGUGAUUGGAAAAAUUAAUGAGCAAAAGACGCGAAUCAUUUGUUUUGAGCGUUGAAAAACUAAAAAUUAAAAUUGAAUAAAU